AUAUAAAUUGUAAUGACAAUGAACUUAACAAUAUUCUAGUUUCAUUAUCAACUACACUCUCUCUCCCAUAAUAUUAAUUUCUAAAUUAUAUAUAUUAAUCAGUAAUAAUAAUGCAUACUAAUAUGGACCCAAAUGUAAGAAGAAGAGGAUCUGGGGCAGGAUUGAGAGGAUUGGCUUAUUUGUUUGGUGUAUUAUCAAUCAUUCUUAUGAUUAUAUGGCUUCUCCAUUUUCGUGGCAGCAUUGAAUAUGACUCACAAAAUCCAGCUCGUGUUUUUAAUGUUCAUCCAUUGCUUAUGUUUGUUGGGUUUAUAGUCUUUUCUGCUCAAGCAAUGAUGGCCUACAGAACCGUACCAGCUGAGAUGAGAGUAAAAAAGAUCAUACACAUGCUAUUACAUAUAAUAGCCAUAGUUAUGGGAAUUAUUGGCUUAUGUGCCGUUUUUAGGUACCAUAACAUGAUCAACUUAGGCGAUAUGUAUAGUUUGCACUCUUGGAUUGGCUUGACCACUUUCAUUUUAUAUUGCCUACAGUGGUUGGUUGGGUUUUUGGUGUUCAUGGUGGGUCGUUCUUCAGUUACUAAAGAAAGAAUGAUUGGGUGGCACAUGGUAGCUGGAAGAGCACUUCUAUUCAUGUCAAUUUGUGCAGCUCUUACGGGCCUAAUGGAGAAAGCCCAGUUUCUUGGGCUUAAAUAUCAACACGAGGCCCGUUUGGUUAACUUCCUUGGGCUUUCAAUCCUUCUCUUUGGGGUUUUCGUAGAUCUUUCUAUCGUUUAUGGUCGUUACAUUUAAAAUGAUUUUUAUGUAUCUUAUAUAUAUAGAUUAUUUAAUAUUUAUUUAUUUAUUAUUAUUAUUUUUUGGGUGUGAUUGUAUUUAUUGUAAUUUGUUUGUUAUAUAUACCUGGAGGGUUUCAUGAUGUGAAUUUGAUUUAAAUUGUGAUUUUCGGCCUAAGGGGGCUCAAUAAUUAAUAAUGUAUUUGUGUU